AUGCAACAACCAAGGUCUGGUUAUUCUCCAGACCUGGUCGAGGAAACCUGCAUUAGUGUGGAACUUCUAAACAGGGAAGCUGAUCUUCAUAAGGAAAAUGUUGCUUGUCUGGAAGCAGCAGUCCAGAAGAUGUUGUCAGCUGCUGUGAAACAGGUAGUAUCAGUUUGUAUGGACACCACCAUGCCUCCAGACAACUACAUUCAAAGGCGAGGCUAUACAGAGCCUUCACUUCUGAAGCUUCCUGUAGAGGAGUCCAUUGGGAGUCAGCACACACCCUUCCAGUUUGACCGGCAUGCUCUGGCCAGAAUUUCCACUUCAACUUUAAGACGUCUAAGGAUGACCUCUGCUUCAAAAGCACUGUCAUUCCAGGACUGUUCUGACACAGCUCAGCUAGGGAAUCUAAAGGAAUACAAUAGCUCUCUCCACAUUUGCAAGAGUCCACCUUGGUGUACUGCAGCUUCCUCAUUGUCGUUGCUUUCUUGUGUUCAUGAAAAAUUACUGUCUUCCAAAGCCAAGUCUGAAACAACUAUUGCAAAUCUGCCAGCCCCAGAUCAAAACUGCCAAGCCAAAAAGGUCCUCUCAGUAAUGGCAGUACCAGUGAGAGACUCCAGAACUCUUGGAGAGCCAACUGUGCUACCCUUACUAGGAGAAUCCCUAGUCCCAGCCCUACACCACAGGAAGAUGUCCAGACCAGAAGGGCGCAAGCAUAGCUCUGUGGUAGUGAGUCUGCCUGGACUCAAAGUGUUCCCUGGAGACCUCCUGGUGUCAGACACUGCAAUGGACUACCUGCCCCACACCGCCCUCUUGCUAAGUGCAGAGUCCAAAAAACCAAGGUGGCCAUUUGCCAAAAGAGGAGUUGGUAAAGACAAACAGAAGCAAGUAUCUGAUCUGGAAAACUCAACUGUUAAAAUCAUAGACUGCAGCAUGUAUGAAUUUUUCUGCUUUAAGAGUAAAUCUUGGCAUGAAUUUAUAAAGGCUCAACUGACAGAGCAGAAAGAUAUCGACAGCCAGUUUGAAGUGAAAAAAGCAGCAGCAGUGUGGGAACUUUUCACAAGUGAAUGCACCUACUUUAUGGAUCAUUUGCUGGUUCUCAAAAUGGUAUUUAUGAACACUCUAAAUCUUCAAAGUAAUGAACUUCUCUUGGAUGUGGAUUUAUGGAGACUCCUUGCAAACUUAGAGGAGUUAAACAAGAUAAGACUCAGUUUUCUGGAAACUUUUUUUGAAGCCGUGAAGGACCAAUCAGAAAGUCAAACUCCAAUGGAUUUCAGCUCCAUACUCAGAAAGUUUUUCCAGGGUGACCUCUGCCAGACACGUCAGAUUUAUUGCCUUAAUUAUACCUCCGCUGUCUUCUACUUGGAAAACCUGAGACAGAGAGAAGAUUUUGGCAUCUACCUGAAAUGGUGUGAACAAAAUGAACAGUGCAAGAGACUGCAUCUGUCAGAGCUGCUGGUCUCUCCUUUGCAUCGACUGAUGCGCUAUCCCCUCCUCCUCAACAACAUCUGGAAGAGGAGCACUGAUGAAACAGAGAAAGGCUUUAUCCAGUCACUUAAAGAGAAGGUGGAAAAGUCCAUAUGGGAUCUGGAAGGUAAAGUCAAGUGGUUGGACAACUUUCAGAAGUUCAGACAGCUGCAAGAGGUCAUAAUUUGGCCUCAGGUCUGGGAUCGUGACAAGAGAUUCUUUGUCCCAGAGUGUUUGAAGCAAAGCCUAAGGGAAAACAGCAGUGAAAACAUUUUGUGUUCAACAAACAGACUUCUCCUUCAUGAAGGGAGGCUAACACUAGCAGAAAGCACAAGACUCCUUGACAUCUACCUCUUCCUGUUCAACGAUUUCCUAUUAAUUACCAAAAUUAAACAUCACAGAAAGAAAUACGGGAGCUCAGACACCAGUUUAAUGCCUGUCUGUCCUUCCCUCACUCCUGAGCUGCAGUCCUUCAUCAGAGAGGGUGUUGUUCUAGACCAGCCCAUCCCACUAGACAGACUGAUACUGAAAAACGUUGACCCCAUCCAUGUUACAGUCUUCAGCCUGCGAAAUGCUUUCCUAAUACAGCAUGAAAAUAGGUACCGUCAGUGCAUAGCAGUCUUCUUGCUACAAGCUCAGACAGAGGCUGCUAAGAAACCACGGAUGUCCCAGAUAGAAACAGCAAUCUCCAAUUACUCCGUGCAACAUGAAAUCAAGAAAAGGACUGCUUUCUGCCUCCCAGCUGAAUCCUCUGGAAUUCAGUAACGUCAGCACAGCACCGACAGAGGCAGUGGAAGACUACUCUGGUGAUAAUACAGUUAUAGCUUCCAGGAUGCCUUAAGUUUCUGAAGCUAACAGAUUUCU